AUUUUGGUGCAUUCAAUAUGGUAUUCGAAGUUUCUUAUCUAGCUGCCUUGCCCGGUCGAUGAAUGAUCAAAAUUUAUUCGUUGUCUCUUCGUUUUGGUGUCAUGUAUUUGCUAGACAAAAUUUUGUGUGGUUGUUUAUUCUAGUCGUGAGAUUUAUAAUUGUAGUGUUAUAUGUUAGCGUUAACAAGACUUUAGAGAAAUGGUGAAAAUAGACACGAUACAAAAAAAUUAUCCGCUGCAUUGGCUCGUGUGGAAUAAUAAUUAUGUAGAACUCGAGGAGGAAUUAUCUACAAAGCUGCAUGAUAUUGAAAAACUUGAUAACCGAGGAAGAACCCCAUUGAUGUUAGCUGUGACUUUAGGUCAUAUUGAAUCUGUUGGAGUAUUGUUGCAACAUGAAGCUAAUGUUAAUACAGAGAAUACUCAAGGAUGGACUGUGGUUCAAGAGGCAGUUGGCACAGGAAAUCCUGAGCUAAUACAAAUGGUGCUAGCACAUAGGGAUUAUCAAAGAUAUUGUAAUCGGGUAGCAGGUAUUCCAGAACUGCUUCAUAAACUUAAACAAUUCCUCUUGCCUCUAGAAUAUGUCCUAGUGAUACUUAUAAGGUAUACAAACAGGGCAGCAAUGUACGAAUCGAUACAACUUUAUUAGGAUUUGAUCAUACAAAAUGGCAACGUGGAAAUCGUAGUUACGUUUUCAAGGGACAAAAGUCUUUCAUUUGUUUUUUAAUUGUGUAUAUUAAAUGCAAGCUGCAUCACAUGUACCUGUGGCAAUUAGAUGUGAACGGAGUUAUGUGUUCAGUAUGGUGGGACGAGAGUCAGAUGAUGGAGCAACAAUGAUGGAGGUGGAUCACAAAACAAGAAAAGUAUAUGUUGAGCAUAUUAAACUCGUAGAUAUUGACGAUAUGCAAUUAAUGGAACCCUCUGAAGAAGGCGUGUUAGCUCGGCUUACAAAUCCGAUCGUUACUACGUACAUAGAUACAGAUAAAAUUAGUUUUGAACGCAAUAAAGCUGGUUUGUGGGGCUGGCGCUCUGAUAAAAGUGAAAUAGUUAACGGACAUGAGUGUAAAGUGUUUAGUGCAUGCAAUGUAGAAUUAAUAACAAAAACUCGAUUAGAACAUUUAUCUGAACCUGAUAAGGCACGAGCUCGUGCUCCUCGUACACCUCUUCAAUCAUUUCUUGGUAUGGCGGAACAGCAGCAGGAGAACAGUAAUAACGCAACCACUAGUGAAGAAUAUAACAAUGUCGGAAAUCCUUCUAAUAUAACAGCUGAGGAAUAUUUUGACCCGGACGUUGAUUUGAAUGGAAGGGAUAUAGGUAGACCAAAAGAAGUUAAUACAAAAAUUCAGAAGUUUAAGGCAACUUUAUGGCUUAGUGAACAGUACCCGUUAAGUCUUCAAGAACAGAUUAUGCCAAUUGUCGAUCUUAUGGCAAUAUCUAGUUCACAUUUUGCAAAAUUAAAGGAUUUUAUUCAAAUGCAAUUACCUGCUGGAUUUCCUGUUAAAAUUGAAAUUCCUCUGUUUCAUAUAUUAAAUGCAAGGAUAACGUUUGGAAAUAUUUUCGGCAUGGAUCAAGAAGUGCCUCACGUAGGACAUUUACAAGAAACUAACAGAAUGACUUGUUUAGUUGAUGAUAUUUGUUUUGAAGCACCAGUGGGAUACGUAAAACUAGCAGGUGCUGAAGUUCGGACACAAUUUAGUAUGGAAGAAGAAGACGAUCUAUUACAAUUUGCUAUUCAACAAAGUUUGUUGGAAGUUGGAAGUGAACGUGAUGAGAGCUAUUCAGGCAAGCCUGGCGCUGUGUCAAGAUAGUAACGUUGGCUGUGCGAGCGGUCGAAGUAAUUCGGAUAAGACAAAUGACAUAGAAAAUGCUGAUUCGCUCGAAGAUACAGCAGAACAAUUAAGACUGGCGCUAAGACUGUCAGAAUUACAACAGUUGGAAGAAGAACAGCGUCGAUUGUUAGAGGAAGAAACAUUUCGACAAGUGUUGGAGUUAUCUCUUACAGACAAAUUGUAAAAAUUAACAAAAAAAUGCUGUUAAAUAUUGAAGUAUUUUUAAUUAUUAAUACAAUAAGUGCAACAUUUAUCUUUGCUCAUAAUUGUCUUCUAAACAAUAAAGAUUAUAGAUGUAGACUAGGAACUAAAACACCAUAUAGAUUUAUAUCAAAUAAUGAUGAUUCUCCUCUUGAAUACUCAGGUUGUGUUCCAAGAAAGAUAUGGUUAAUUUUAAGACAUGGUACAAGAUAUCCUGGUAAGAAGUACAUAAUACCCAUGAUUGAAAAACUGCCGAAGUUACAAAAAAUUAUCCUAGAUAACUAUAAAGAGAGCAAAACAGAAUUUACAGAAGAAGAUGUAGACUUAUUCAAAGAGUGGAAAAUCACUUUUACCGAAGACGAUGUUAUGAAAUUAGCAGAAGAAGGAGAAGAUGAAAUGAUCGAUAUUGGAGAAAGAUAUCAAUCUAGAUUUCCAAGUCUUAUGCCAGAAAUCUAUGAUAAUCAAACUUACAGAUAUACUGCCACUCAACGCACAAAGGAAAGUGCUAAGAACUUUGCCACUGGCUUAUUUGGAAGAUACAGUAGUUAUCAAGUUCAGUAUCCAGAGGCAGAGCACAAGGAUCCUGUCUUAAGAUUUUAUAAACGUUGUGAACGUUGGCGUUUCGAAGUGGACAAAAAUCCGGAUUCUCAGAUAGAAAAAAACAAGUUUUUGAGGAGCAAUGUUUAUAAAAAGAUGUUGGAAGACGUUUCCACGCGUAUUGGUUAUCAGAUCGAUCACGAAAAUGUACAUUUAAUGUACGUGGCGUGUGGAUUUGAAACCGCAUGGCAUAAAAAUUAUGAAUCACCAUGGUGUAGAAUAUUUUCAUUAGAUGAUUUCAAAAUACUCGAGUUUGCAAGUGAUUUAGAAUAUUAUUGGAACGAUGGGUAUGGCUACAAAUUAACUUAUGAACAAGCGUGUCCAGCUUUGAGAGAUGUUUUUGAUUUUUUUGCGUGGGAAACAGAUGAAGGACCAGUGGUAUCGGCAUAUUUUACUCAUUCGGGGACCAUUUUGAAAUUGUUAGCUCUUUUAAAAGUCGCUAAGGAGGACCAACAUUUAACACAUGAUUUAUUUUCGUUGUAUGGAGAGAACAGAGCUUGGAGAACUGGGAUUAUCGAUACUUUCGCAUCUAAUAUUGCAUUUGUUUUAUACAAUUGUUCUGGAGUUCCUAGUGUUCUUUUUAUGCAUCAGGAAAGACCAUUACAUCUUCCAGGUUGUCCUAUGAACAUGCCAUGUGCGUUGUCUACAAUGAAAGCACUCUAUCCUGAUCAAGAAGAGGAAUGUCAAUUUGAAACAAUGUGUUCGUUAGAGGAAUCAUCAUAAUGAUGCAGAACCAUGAUAUAUAUUAUGAAUUGUAUUAUAUAUAUAUUUUUAUUAUAUAAUUAUUAUAUAUAUAGUUUAUCACAUUCGUACAAGAAUAUGAGAACCAAAUGA